AUGUUGAACUACGCCCGCGCCACCACCAGACUCGAUUCGUCCUUUCCUUGCGCGCUUCCUGUACGCUAUACCGCCAGUUUACAGUUUACACUACUCAGCGCGAAAGACGGCCCCCCUCUGAAACCCGUCUGUUCCUGUCUGUCAGUCUUGUCAGAUCCUAUCUGGCGAGGCGUGAUUUGGCACAUUUGACAUUGUACACCCGUGUGCUGCCGUUCCUACUGACUGCAGUCUCACACUCGGACGUGGUGUAGCGCGCCCAUGUGGACACAGGCGCCAACGCCACACGCAUCCGGUCCAAGUCCGACAAAAAGAACCUUCCUCCUGCUUACCGUAUAUCCAACUUCUUGCACUUGCGAUUUGAUUCUGCUCUUCAUCUUCUGGACCACAGUUCUGUGACGGCAGGCUCCGGAAAAGCGGUGGAGGAUCGGUGGAAGAUCCAACCCGGUCCUCGCACAGCCACAUUUCCCUCCUCUCUUCUCUCCACAUUAACAUAUC